CUGGGUUGAUAAGGAACGUCUGCUUACGCUUCUGCAUCUACCCCAGUGCUAUGACCAGGUUAGAUGCAAAGAAUUGGCGUCAAUUUUAGGCAUUUUCUGAUUUUUACAGUGACAGCUCUCAGGUGUACUUUGGGUGCUACCAUCUGUAAUGGAAAACUCUGCCGAUGACUACAGGAUCCAGUCUUUAGACAUGGACACACAGAUGUUGCUGAAAACAGCCUUGAAAGAUCCAAGUUCUGUGAACCUGGAGAAGGUUUCCGAUAUCCUUGUGGAUCAAUCUUUGAAGGACCAGGUUUUCAGCAAAGAGGCUGGACGCAUCUGCUACACAAUUGUGCAGGCUGAGGCCAAGCAGAACAACGGAAAUGUGUUCAGAAGGAACUUGUUGACCCGCCUGCAGCAGGAGUUCAAGAGCCGAGAGGAGACGAGGGCGCGCUCGCUGCAGGAGUGGGUGUGCUUAGUCACCUUCAUCUGUAACAUAUUCGACUACCUCAAAGUGAACAACAUGCCGAUGGUUGCUCUGGUCCAUCCUGUGUACGACUGUCUGAUGAGGCUGUCCCAACCAGAUGCUCUCAUGAAUGAAGAGGAGGUGGACUGCCUGGUGUUGCAGCUGCAUCGCAUCGGGGAGCAGCUGGAGAAGGUGAACGGCCCACGGAUGGACGAGCUGUUCUACCUGCUGCGGGACGGCUUCCUGCUGCAGGAGGACCUCACCUCCAUGGCCCGCCUGCUGCUGCUGGAGAUCCUGGAGUUCAGGGCGGGGGGCUGGGUGCUCAGCAGCACCGCCCACAAGUACUACUACAGUGAACUCGCUGACUAGGACCUCGGUUGCCUCUCCUCAGUCCCCACUGAUCAUUAAACCAGCAGAUUCGUGAAGAACAGCCACGUCUUCCAGGCUUACUGGAAGGUUUUGGUAAGGCGGCGGAUCACACAGUGUAAAAAGACUUUUUAAUUUAGCUGGAUUGUUCCCUGCGUUUGAUAAUUUUUUGCGAGACAUGGUGCCGUGGAUGUGGAAUGUGCAAUAGUUCAGAAGGUGUUGACGUUAAGUUACGAGGUUUAGCCACAUUCCGGUACACUUUGUUUUAAGGUUUGAAUAUAGUUAAAGAAGCUGAGGCUAUUUUGUAUGUUUUUUUAUUGAUCUUGCAGGCAUUCCUGUUGUUGAAAAACAUUUCAAGUCCAACAUUUUUUUUACCAAAUCCAAAGGACUUGACAUUCCAGUCAGAUGCAGGCUGACUCGGUCUUUGCUUUACAGUUUGAUGUUGUGACCAAAUUAAAGUGAAACCAAUACUUUAAAGAUUCAGUUGAAUAUACUUAGCGUAGAAUUUCUAUUUUAGUACAGUUUGAAAUGCAGUUCGGAGGUUUUCUGCCUAAUUUGUGUCUAGGGUUAGUGUUACUGCCUCAUUAAGGGAGGCUGUUUUUUAAAAAUUUUUAGAUGCAGCUUUGAGUCUUAAUUCAGGGACCUUCUGUUUUUUUAUUUUGUUGCAUCCAAAUUGUAUAUUAAAUAGAGAUAUUGCUCACAGUUUAAAUUGAAACUAUGUCUCUCUCAGUCAUUCAUUACAUUUCUGAAUUCAUAAUUUUUAGUUUAAGUAAAACGACUUGUGCCAAUACAGCAAAAGAAGCUUCAUCCAAAACCUCUCAACAAAGCCAAAGCUCUUCACCUGAGGCUGAGGCGCUGCAGGACCGUGGUGAAGGAAGUACUUUGAUUUUGCGCUAAAAAUAAAACGAGAAAACACAAAUCAAAGUUCUCGUGCUGAAGGAGCCAUUUCAAAUGAUACAUGUCAUAAUAUUGCAUUCUAAUUAUUGAAUCAGCUGUCAGGGCUUUUUUUAAUUUACUUUAUAUUAUGCAGGUUAGCUUCUGAAUUUCCCCCAUUGGAUCCAUCAGGUUAAUCAAAAUCAAAACAACCUUAAUAUUAAUCUUCGUCUGCAAAAUAGCUAGUAUCUAAAGUUAUUGAAUGCAUGUUGUGCAGUAAAACAUUUCCUUCAACAAUUGCACUGAACUGGGAGUAAGGUAUUUAUCCUCUGUACACAUGACCUAAAGCUACUAGAGAAGUGUUUUUCCUUUUGAAUUCAGCACCAGCAGCAGUGGCUACACACAGCAUGUAUCCAAGCUCAGCUUCACAUUAUGGUGUUCUCUUUGUUGACACUAAGUGACUUUAGGCAAGGAAGCCAAAUCUCACUCAUGGCCCAAAUGUUACAUCUCUUUAAAAGGCUGUAUCUGUAAUAACGUGUACAUAUGAAAGCUUAAUAUAAGAUUGGCAUACAAUUUAAGGAUAUUGGAGAAGAAUGAAAAAGCCCAGCUAUGGUCAGGAUUUUGGACAUUUUGUAUUUUAUUUUUCAAAUUGGAAGCUUCAAUUUAUGAUAAAAAAGGUUUAAUGAUGUAGAAUUGAUCCAGGAUAACUCGUCCCGUAAGGACAGGGAACAGUACUGACUGCAAUAUCUGUUGAUAUAUUUUAUUAUGCUGUUGCAACAUUUUUACUUUACUCAAUCCCAUUUUUUUUAUGGCUGGGUUGUACAUUUGAAGUUAUUUGUUCUAAUAAAUCUUGACGUUUUCCGUAA